AUGCUCUCAAAGCUCUUACUCAUUGCAGCAGCCGCUCUCGCCGGCGCUGUGGUGUAUCCGGAGGUGAGUGUUGCUGCUGCUGUCCCUGUAGAGGGCGAUGCAGCAGCAGCAGCAGUGCAGCAGGAGCAGCAGGGUUUGGGGGAUGAAGCAGCAGCAGCAGCAGCAGCAGCAGAUACUCCGCGAGAUUUCUAUCCCUUCUUAGUCGUCCCCUUUACAUCCACAUCUUCAACAUCAGCAACAACAACAACAAUGAGUGCACGUUUACAAGCUCGUAAGCAGCAGCAGCAGCAGCAGCAGCAGCAACUGCAGCAGCAGAACCGUGAGAAGCUGAAGGCUUCCUAUGAUGAUUUAGUAGGUCUCUGGAAGGAAGCAGCAGCAGCAGCACAGAGAAAGGCGAAGAGACAGCAAGAAACAAAUGCAGCAAAUCGCAAAGAUAAUAACGAGCUAUGGACUGCCUUCUCUCAGUGGCUGAUGCAGCUGCUGUCUCCUCCUCAAGCUGCAGCAGAUAUACCUCUUCAGAUGUCUCUUGAGGGUAAAUACGAGGGCAGCUUCUCAGCAGCAAAAGAAGAAGCAGUUGUUGUUGUUGUUGAUGAAGCACAGGCUUUGCUUGAGGCUUUAAAAUCCAUGACUCAAGAGGAACAGCAGCAGCAGCAGGAAGAGGAACAGCAGCAGCAGCAGGAAGGGGAACAGCAGCAGCAGGAGGACCAGCAGCAGCAGCAGGAGCAGCAGCAGCAGCAGCAGGAGCAGCAGCAGCAGCAGCAGGAGGAAGAGGCAGAAGUUAAACCUAGAGAAGACGCCAGCGAUGAUGAAGAGAUAACAGAAGCAGCAGCAAUAGGCGCAGGAGCAGCACGUGCUACAGCAGAAGCAGAACCAGCAGCAGCAGAAGCAGAACCAGCAGCAGCAGAAGCAGAACCAGCAGCAGCAGCAGCAGAAGGAAGCCAGGAAGAAACAUCAAGGCUGUCUGCUGAAGUACUGGACUCCCUGCAGCGCACAGAGACGAUGUACAGUGAUUUGAUAGCAGCAAUUGAAGCAGCAGCAACAGCAGCAGGAGAAGCAGCAGUAGACGCUAUGGGGGCCACUGCCCGCAGCAGCGGCGACAGCAGCGACAACAGCAGCAGCAGCAGCAGCAGCAGCAACAGCCAAUCACUGCGUGGCAGCGCAACUUUCUCUAGACUAGCAGCAGAGAUGAUGCAGGAGCUCGAGGUUCUGAACGUGCAGUUUGCUGCUAAUAAUGCUGAAGCAGCAGCAUCUCUUGCUGCAGUUGAGCAAGAAGGCAGCAGCAAAAGCCCUCAGUGCAGCAACAGCAGCUGCAGCAGCAACAGCAGCAGCAGCAGCAACAGCAGCAACAACAGCAGUAGUAGGAUCAAAGCUGGCGUAGGCAGCAGUAGCAACAGCAACAGCUACCAAGUUGCAAGCAGCAGCAGCAGCAGCAACAGUAGCAAGAACAUUGUAGCAGCAGCAGCAGCAGCAGCAGCAGCCGCCCCCCACCUGCAGAAACAGUUGCAGUACAUGCCACAACAGCAGCAGCAACAGCAGCAGCAGCAGCAACAACAGCGGCGACACACCGCAGCCCCUGCUGCUGCGUUGUAG